CGUUAUCAGUCAGCGCCAAGGGCACAUGUGGCCCGGCGAGCUCAGAGGCGCGGUUGCCUUGUUGUCCCGACGAUGAGUUGCGCCCGGGCGGCGGUGGCUCGCCCACUGUGGCGGCUGCGCACGGGUGCCCGGCGGCCUCUUUCAGCUUAUGGAAGGAAGAUCGGUGUCAGAUUUUGCAGUUCAAGAAUGACCUUAGACAAUAUCAAUUGGGCAGUUGUGGAUCGAAUAAUCCGGGUGGAUCAUGCAGGAGAAUACGGAGCCAACCGCAUCUAUGCAGGGCAGAUGGCCGUCCUGGGCCGGACGAGCGUUGGGCCAGUCAUCCAGAAAAUGUGGGAUCAGGAGAAGGACCAUUUGAAGAAGUUCAACGAGUUGAUGGUUGCAUUCAGGGUCCGGCCGACAAUUCUGAUGCCCUUUUGGAAUGUGGUGGGGUUUGCCCUGGGAGCUGGAACAGCCUUGCUUGGGAAGGAAGGCGCGAUGGCUUGCACUGUGGCCGUAGAAGAAUCAAUAGCACAUCAUUAUAACAACCAAAUCAGGACGUUGAUGGAGGAGGAUCCUGAAAAAUACGAGGAACUUCUUCAGAUAAUAAAGAAAUUUCGGGAUGAAGAGCUUGAGCACCACGAUAUAGGCCUUGACCACGACGCAGAAUUGGCUCCAGCAUACGCCCUUCUGAAGAGUAUUAUCCAGGUCGGAUGCAGCGCAGCAAUAUAUUUGUCAGAAAGAUUUUAAAUUACGUCCACUUAUCCCUGUCUAUGGAAACCCUGGUGGCGUAGUGGUUAAGAGCUACUGCUGCUAACCAAAAGGGCAGCAGUUCGAAUUCACCCGGCACUCCUUGGAAACUGUGGGGCAGUUCGCCUCUGUCCUAUAGGGUCGCCAUGAGUCGGAAUCGACUCAACAGCAACGGAUUUGGGGGUUUUUUUUGUAUCCUUGUCUAUAAGGGGUGCUACUGAGUUUUGACAAGUGAUUUUUUGCAGCAGAGGAAAUGUACGAUUAUUGUUACAUGAAUUUUGUUAACCAACAAUUAUUGUUACGUGAAUUUUAACAAACUGAAAUUUUUUUUGUCCUGUAAUGAAAAUCCCCAGUGUUGAUUUUUCCCUGGGCAGCCUUAUGCCAUAAGGAUGAGAGUUCAGCAAGCCCAUUUGAGUCACAGCAAAUGAAGGUGAUCUUUGUUUGGUGUCAUAGCUUAUCUUCUCCUAAAACAUCAAAAAUGAAUCAUUAAUAAAGCAACAGAUCUUUAAGAGAAAAAAAACAACAGCAACUUGAUUUUAAGUAAACUUAAAACACUAGGGCAUUUAAGAUGGAUGAAGGAAGACUCCCAAGUCCAUCAAGUAAGUGGAAGACUUGUCGCUUCCUUUUUGAGUUGUGGAUGGGGGUGGGGGUUACUUCCACCAAAGAACAGACUAAGUUUUGGUUUAUUGCAGCGUUGAACUAGAAUCAUUUUCUUAAGGUCUGCUACCAAAAUAAUGGACUAAAAUUUUCAUACUUUCAUGAAUUCAUUUAAGGUUUUAAGGAAAAACGUCAGUCAGUGGUUCUCAUCCCUGGCCACGCAUUAGAACGUCCUGGAGAGCUUUUUAAAAUAAAUUCAAUUUAUACGCCAAAAUUUCUGACUUAUUUAGGUAGGGCCUGGGAUCAAAAUGGUUCCAGAAGCUCCCCAGGUGAUUCUAAUAUGAGUCAGGGUUGAGAACCCCUGAGAUGGAUUGUAAGCUUCUUGUGGUGAAGGACCUCAGCUUUUAUGCAGAUGCCUCCCACCCAGUGCCCUGUGUGUAAUUAGCCCCUAACAGCCAGGCCUGCCUCACUUGCAAAGGGUCUAGUUUUGAAGAACAGUAGAUAGGGCGAUAGUUUGGAUUGGUCCUUUACAACUUCUCUCUUUUCCUAAACCAAAAGCAACUUUAGUUUUAUGUGAUCAAGUGAAUCAGUCUACCAGUAAUAGUUGCAAUAAAUUAAACGUGGGAGAGAAAGGUUAAAGACUGGUUUAGAUGCCGAACUCUUUUGUGCUAGGCUACAAACAGAUGUCUGAAGUCUCCUUUAGUGUAGUUGGUUAACAGCUGAAAACCCGAGCUCCUCUGCAGUUAUUGUUGCAUGUCCACAUUUUUUCAGAAGUGUGCAUUUACAUCUUUCUCUCCUAGAAGACCAUGAGUUUAUUGAGAGCAAAAAAAAUCGAUUUCUAGUUCCUGGUACAUGGUAGGUGCCCACUGAAAGGAAGAAAAGAGGGAGAAAGGUGGAGGAAGGAGGUGAGGGAAGGAGAAUGGAAAAGGAAGGAAGGGAGGAGAGGGAAGAAGGUGUUUUUAAGCAGUUGCUAUGCUGCUAUGAAAGCCAGCUUCUUUGCUGGUUCGUCCUCUCUGGAUCCCUUAAUGUCGGAGGGUCCCAGGGUAUGGUCCUUGGCUCAGUUCUCAGACUACCCUUCCCUUGGGUAUCUUAUGCUGCCUCGUGGCUAAUUUCUUUACAUUUGUAUCAUUAGAACUCCAUUUUUAAAUAUCAAACAGCCUACAUGACCCCUCCAUUGGAAGUCAAGGACUCCCACAUGCCUGACACUGAGCUCAAUGUCUCAGCCCCACUCCCCACCCCCACCCCACAAACCUGCUACUCUAGUGGCCUUCCCCGUUGCAGUCAAUGGCAACUCCAUACUUCCCGUAGUCAGGCCAAAAUCCCUGGAGUCACCUUUGAUACUUGCUGUAUCCCAUGCCCAUCCCAUCAGCCGAGACAUCCUGUGGGCUCUGCUAAGGCCUUCUCACCACCUCCGCUGCUGCUGCUUGGAUCCCAGCCGCCCUCAUCUCUUAUCUCGAGUUUUUCAGAAACAUCCUAAUUUUAACUCUUUCUCAUUUAACCUCAUCCUUCAAAGGUGCAUUCUCAACCCAGCAACCAAAGUGAAUGUUUGAACCAUAAACCAUGUCACGCCAGUGCUCAGCUCACCCUCCUCAACCUUGUGUUUUUCCCAGUUCCUUCAAAAUAAAAGUUAAAGUCCCUAAAAUAUCCUGGCUCUCUGUGGCUUUUUUACGCCCUUCCUCACUCUGCUGCAGUCACGCCG